UGAAGAUUAGGUUUUCGACGUUAAGCGUGUAGACAAUGUUGUGAUCAUUUUUGUUGUAAAUGAUUCUAAUUUUUUUAAUGUUGUGUUUCUAAAUUCAAUGUGGAUUAAUUUGUUUAUGAUUAUUGUUUUGUAAUUUGUAAACUGUAGCAGAAAGCAGCAUUACUCAACCGGAACUGAAACAAAGUUAAACACUGCGAUUUGGCCUCUUACGAAUUGUGCAUGUCCUCAUGAGGACUAAAUUAAUACCUAUGAUAAACAUUCAUUUCCGUUGUGGAGUGAUUUUUCAGAGAACAUUUUUCACACCUAUUUUAGUCAUUCAAAUAUAGUUUAGAUUUCCGGUAUGGAUGCAAUGGAUGUUGAAAUUAAAAACGAACCAAUAAUCAUUGAUGGCUAUGAAUUGGUGGAUCAUUCUUCUAAUAUCAGCUGUAAACCAUCCCAAUCCUCCGGUUAUGAAGAAGUCACACACGUAUCAAACGAAACGGGCUUCCAAAACGAUGAGAUGCUUCUGUUGCUACAGCAAUGGGAUCUGGAAAUUUUAUCGGAUAGAUUCAUCCAAAAUCUCAUAGACGUAAGCUUACUUGAUUACAUGUUGGACGUAGAUAUUAUUGAUCUAUGCAAAGACCUUCCGAUGCGCUACAGACUUAUACUGAGGCACAAACUUCAUCAGAAGAGUUACAAAAAAGUAGAUUAUUCCACAGCGCCAAUGAAGGAUGGAAGAAAGAAUGAGAAACCAAAUAAAACAUAUGUGGAAAAAACUUGUGAUCGAACAGAUAUUAAUGCACCUUCUCAGUAUGUAUCUCAAGUCAAACCAGAUCAAAACAGUAAAACAAUUACUGCGUCGCCUGAAUAUGUAUCUAGAGAACCACAACUACAUCGUGAAUCUCUUUUAGAAAUUUGCAAACUGGAUGACAUGGGUCGUAAAUUUCUUGAGCAAUACAGAAUCGAAGAUGGUAAGCGAAUAUACUCGGCGGAAUCCCGAAAAUAUAUCAAAAAUUCAAUUGUCGAAUACUUCCUGCGGAUUGGGCAAGGUCAUAUAUCUGCUCAAAUUUUUACAAAAAUGGUGCAAAUCAUACUGGAUGAGUUGCCUGAUGAAGAUCCUCGAAUUUGGUACAAUCCAUCGAUUAACGGCAUGGCAUCGGGGGGGCUACUUUAUACCCGUUACAGAUAUCUAACGCAAAAGGAUAAACGGUAUCGAGUUCAAAAAGGUGAUCCAAUAGUACCACAUGCAACAUCAGUGUUGGAACAAGCGGAACGUUGUUGGAAUGAGCUUUCCGAAAGUGCCCAGAUGGAAUGCUUUGCUGCGAAGCAUAAACUGAUGGAUGCCGUUAAUAUGCACAGGGUUGAGAUUCAUGAUGCGUGGAAAAAUUCCUUCCCGAUUCGCCGUUACGAAGCAGUUACGAAAAAACUACGUUUGGAUGAAUGGGUAGUGCUCGCUAGUUUCGAAGAGAUUCACGAGUUGAUACGUUACGACUUCUGCUCGAUACACUCAAUUGAGCAUGAUUGCAUUAAAACAAGAAUUACCCAAUUUGUUACUCAAUUUAUAAACAUUUACCCAGGUUACAAGGCUUUGAUCGAGGAAGACAAGCAGCUUACGAGUGCACUUUUGUCUUUAUGCAGAAAUAACUUGAAAGUCGACGAUAAAGCAACUUUCCUCGCCUUCUACGCUUUGCCGCUGAUUUUGAGAAUGAAUUUUAUUGGAAAGCACAGAAAACGUAGUAAACCGUCGCUGAAGUCGGGUAGAGCAACGUUUAUUGUGUUGUUAGAGACGGAAGCCGGCAUAACAGAAACCAUUGCACAGCGGAAACGAACGGCAUCAGAAGAGGGUACUGCAGAGUUAUGGCCCUACAUUAUUGCUAUCGGAAACACACAAUCUCAGACAAUCAGCGGAUAUUUUGUUGUUCUGGAAAGCAUGAUUUUCAAGUGCAAUACAGUAGUGGAAGCAGUGGAUCUUCUGUUUAAAAUAUACACAGUUUUCCACCUUGAGUACGCAUAUCAGUGCGAAAGCGUGUUGAAGUUUAUUCAGCAGUAUUUUUACAAUUUGAUCUACGAUGGAACUCGACAGGAUACGAACGUAGCAGCAUUUAUAACUGAUUUAAACCGUGGUUUGAGUUGAGAUAAUGCACGAAGAUGUUGAAGAGUUUGAUUAUAUACUGAGAAAAAAUACAUGGUUGUACUAACCAUAUAAGCAUGGUAGAAAAUACCAUAUUUAGGAAAUAGUAUAAUUUACAAUAUUUUUUGAUUUACCAAAAAAUGUAUGAAACCACAAUUUGAUCAGAAGAAACGCAUGUGGUUCUUUUUACAAUUUUGCGUAUUUGAUCUUUUUUUUUAUUUUGAUUAUAGAUAUUUUAACCUUAAGGUCUCGUUCGCCUCUUUUCGGAAAUCUCUUUUGGAAAAAAUGUCUAACCCUAUGUACGGGGUUGGGAAUCGAACCCAGGUGAGCUGCGUACAAGGCAAUCGAUUUACCAACUACGCUAUGCCCGCGUCAGUUGAUUUAAUGGAGGCUUCUGGUGUAGUGGGCGAAAAAAAAUCGACUUCCUUAUUGUUAGUAUUAAAUUCCUAGAAUAGUCUCCCGUAAUCUCGGUGGCCGAGCUGAACUUUUUUUGUUUUAAGGACAUUAUACAUGCGAGCCACAACAUGGCUCCUAUGCCGCACAUACCCCUCUUCCCUACCUAACCAUGUAUCUGACAUGAGCAAAUAUAAAAAUACGUUUUUCAAUACAUUAACCUUGCCGGUGUACAACGAAAAUGCUACUUGAGCAAGCUAGAACAUUUUCCUAUACAAUCAACCCGAGUUUAUGACGGAAUUCCAUCUGUAGCUCUUAUUUUGUGCGAAAAUAGCAUCCCUCUUCACUUGGGGUUUCUUUUCGAAACACUUUUAUUAUUCUUCUCACUUUCAGAACACUUUUUCAAGUGCACUUUAAUCACACACUACUGAAAAAACACAUGCGAAACUUUAAUCGUUUACUAACUAAACUUCAAAUUUUCUGUCAAUGUGCAGAUGACCGAAGGAAAAUGUCCGAAAACUCAUUUGUGCGUUUGAAUUUUCCCUUCAAAUUCCUUUUUUUCUCAAUGUUAACAAGCGCGUCGGUGCCCAGCAACAAGCGUGCGUUCCUGGCUUCCACAUAUUCUGGUUGCAGUUGAAAACUGGAAACUCCAACCAGCGACAAUCGUACUUUCUCUGGUUCUAAACAAUGGAAUCACGUCGGAAGUAGUGCGUUGUAUUCGUACAAUGAAGCGCUAUGCAGCGCACUGCUUCCGACAUCAUGCUUUAGCACUACACAAGAGGAAAAAACGAUUGUCGCUAGUUGGAUUUUCCAGGUUUCAACUGUAUCGAUAAUAUCUUAACCUUAAGCAGCCAGGCAUUCCACGCGCGUAUAUUUGCAGUAAUAAACACAGAUUUCAAUCUAUAGCGGCAACAAUUUUCGAAAAACUGACAGUAAUAAAAAUACAGUGUAAAAAAUA